AUGGACCGAACUAAUCGCUCUAAUGAAUCUAAUAGUUUCAAGGAAGAAAAUACAGUGUUAGCUGAACUUUUUACCUCAGAAGACGAUGCAAGCCAAAACAUAAAUUUUGGUUAUCAAAAUAAUAAUGACAUAUAUCUUGAGGAUUAUCGCGAAGGAAUCCCAAAAG